AUGUUUGGCCACAGACCGAACUUCAAAAAGCCCGACCAGGGCCUCAUCAACAAAUUUCAGGAGACUUUCUCUGAUGUGGUCCGGCCCAGUGUCAAAUACGAUCAUCCACCCGCAAUUUCGAUCAAGGGCGACGUGAACAGUCUUGCUACGCAGAACACCCCAGGCCUCCGAUUCACGCCAUUCCUAGAUGAUACUUCACUUCCAACACCAUCUGCAACUCCAGCCUAUAAUAGUCAGGAUGCAAGUCUCUUGGACAGGGUGUUUCACGGCCCGGCAGGAGACCUACACACGCCAAGCGUGCAAUCGAAUCCUUUCACGCCAAGAACGUUUCUUGAGCAAUUUGCAGUUACGCCCCUGCAUAGAAAUAAAACUGGCAUCUCUUAUCAGACCCUCGAUUCACAAUAUUUCGCAGCAGAACCUCAAGGUCUAGGCCUACCUUGGAGCAAUCAGAGCACUGCAUACCCACCUAGCGCAUUUGUUCACUCCGACUUAACCGAUGCGUUUGUCGAUGAUCCCUGCGAGCAACUACCUCUUGAUCUAGGCAAUCACGAACAAUCUGCCUUCCACCUUUCUUUCCCGGAAAAAAGCGUCACAAGCAGCGAAAAGUCUCCUCGUCACGGCCAGACCGACUUUAGAUAUCAGGUGAACCUGAAUACACCAACGGCGAUGAUCCAUCAUCCGAAUGAUGCUCCGGUGACCUAUCUUAAUAAAGGUCACAAGUACUCAUUAUCGAUAACCGAUUCCCAGCCUCCGCUUCUGACGGAUGGAUUGGUAACGUAUCGAACCUCGAUCCGCGUGUCCUUUGAAGACCCUGAGCAGGCAUCCAAUCCUGCCGCAUGCUGGAGGCUAUGGAAGGAAGCUCGAGGCCAUGAGAUGCAUCGGGGGGGCAGCAUACAUGCAGUCGAGAUGAUUGAUCUGUGUCAAGAGAAUAAAGACCAAAGCUAUCCCAUCCAGCUAGAAAGAACAUCGCUAGACGGGUUCUGCGUCACAUGGUGCACGAACCCCGCUACAGGGCCAUCGAGCUGCACGAUGGGUAUCCGAUUUAACUUUCUCUCAACUGACUUUAGCCUUGCGAAGGGAGUGAAAGGAGCCUCUCUCAGACUCUGUGCAAAGACCGAGGCAGACAUGCCACUGCCCGGUCCUCCCGAGCUAAACUUUUGCAACGUGAAGCUAUUCCGCGACCACGGAGCUGAGCGGAAAAUGUUCAAUGAUGUUUCACAACUGAAACGGGCAAUUGAAAAACGCAAGGCCGACUUUGCUAAGUCUGGAAGUGUCAACCUCGGAAAGCGAAAACGGGACAGUCGCUUAUCAUUCAGGAGUAAUGAUCUCUCUGAAAGUGAACUGCAAGCCAAUUUGGAUGCGGAGGUGGCAAGAAUGCAAAGUAUAUUUUACUCCAAUCGUCCUGUGAGCAACUUCUGUCUCCCAGGAGAACAGAAAGAUGAUCCGGAUCUAUUUCCAGUUGAGAAUGAGCAGGUGCUUGAAAAUGUCAAGAAACCUAACUUCCAAACUGUGACUCCAUCAACAUCAAUCAGCGCUUCGGGAAGUUCGCAUCACUCGGCAGAUCCUCAGCUACAUGAACUGCAAGGCGGCGCGAGUCUCGAGUGGGACAGCCGCAGUGGUGCAUCGAUUAAAUUCUCCAGUGUUGAUGGUAUCGAGGGCCCCUCUGAACUUGCAUCAUCAAAUACAAGUGGCUCACCAGGGCUAUCCACUGGGGAUGUUGAACCAAUGGAUCUUGGUGCAAAAAUCAACUUGCCAAGUGAGCAUUCAAGGGCAGCUAAGGACACUCCAGCUCGAUGUUUUUAUCUCCGCUUCCAGCAAAGUGGCGUACCACAGGAUGACUUCCACACUGCGGUAUACCUAUCCGAGCUCACUGUGGAAGAACUGGCGGCGAAGAUCUCUCAAAAGCAAAAUUUUGGUCCCGAUCAGAGACUUCGCCUGUUCCAUGUCAAGCCAGAUGAUAUGAAGGUACUGCUGGAUGAUGAUGUGGUCCAGCGGAUUCCAGGGGGCCAGGCUAUGGCCGCGGAACUAUCCGAGUCUACGACUACUGGCUCGAUGCCUGCAGCUAUCGAAGUUCGAUUAUACUUCUAG